CUAGAAAUUAACCCCUUCCCAGCCAGUGCCAUUAGUACAGUGACAGUGCAUAUGCAUAGCAUUAUCACUGUAUUAGUGUCACUGGAGAUGUUAGUGUCACUAACUUCCCACCCAGUGUCAGUUAGUGUCAUAUUGCCUGCCACACUAUCACAGUUCCACUAUAAGUCCCUGAUCAACGCCAUGAAAAAAAAAAAAAAAAUUACAGUAUAUCGUUGUAGAUGCUACAACUUUCACACGAACUAAUUAAUAUGCACUUUAUUUUUACCAAAGACAUGUAAUAGAAUUCAUUUU